AUGAGUUACUUUGCAGAGAGAAAGCCACACGCUGUGUUCACUCCAUAUCCUCUUCAAGGCCAUAUCAACCCCUUGUUCAAACUCGCGAAGCUGCUUCAUCUCAGAGGCUUUCACGUAACCUUUGUCCACACUGAAUACAACCACAAACGCUACCUCAAAUCAAGGGGUCCUAAUGCCCUCGAUGGCCUACCAGAUUUUCGCUUUGAAGCCAUCCCAGAUGGCCUUCCUCCCUUGGAUGAUGAUGAUGACGGUGAUGUUAGUCAACACAUACCCUCCCUUUGUGACUCUAUCAGGAAAAACUUCCUCCAACCCUUUCGCCAACUUCUUGCUAGACUUAACCACUCUGCCACUGCUGGUCUCAACCCCCCAGUUACCUGCUUGGUUUCUGACUGUUUCGUGACUUUUCCUAUACAAGCAGCUGAAGAACUUGGACUUCCUAUCCUUCUCCUUUCCCCACUCAGUGCUGGUGCGUGUUGGUCUUUUAUGCACUAUCGUACUCUGGUCGAAAGAGGAAUCGUACCCCUCAAAGAUGAAAGUUAUCUGACAAAUGGAUAUUUGGACACCAAAGUAGACUGUAUUCCAGGUUUGCCAGAUUUUCGGCUGAAGGACUUGCCUGACUUUAUGAGGACAACAGAUCCAAAUGAUGUAAUGUUGAACUUUUUCAUUGAAGAAACUGAUAAAAUUUCCAGAGCCUCUGCGGUUGUUUUUAAUACUUUUGAUGAACUUGAGAGAGAUGUAAUCAAUGCUCUCUCCUCUUCCUUUAUAUUCCGUUCUCUUUACACCAUUGGUCCUUUCCCUUUACUUUUGAAUCAAAGUCCGCAAAACCACUUGGGAUCUUUAGGUUCCAGUCUUUGGAAGGAAAACACGGAGUGUCUUGAUUGGCUUGAAUCCAAGGAAUCUGGAUCCGUUGUUUAUGUGAACUUUGGCAGCAUCACUGUUAUGUCUGCAGCACAAAUAUUGGAGUUUGCUUGGGGUUUGGCCAACAGCAGGAAACCGUUUUUGUGGAUCAUUAGGCCUGAUCUUGUGAAUGGAGGAUCUGUGAUUUUGUCAUCAGAGUUUGUGAAUGAAACAAGAGACAGAAGCCUUAUCGCAAGCUGGUGUCCGCAGGAGGAAGUGUUGAACCAUCGUUCAGUUGGUGGUUUCUUGACUCAUUGUGGAUGGAACUCAACCACUGAAAGUAUCUGUGCUGGAGUGCCAAUGGUGUGUUGGCCAUUUUUUGCAGAUCAGCCAACAAACUGUAGAUAUAUGUGCAAUGAGUGGGAGAUUGGGAUUGAGAUUGAUAAGAACGUGAAAAGAGAGGAGGUGGAGAAGGUGGUAAAAGAAUUGAUGGUUGGGGAGAAGGGAAAGGAGAUGAGAGAAAAGACUGUGGAGUUGAAGAAGAAAGCAGAGGAGGUGACCAAACCAGGUGGUUCUUCAUACAUAAACUUGGACAAAUGCACUGUGCCACUGACAAAGCUUGACUUUCUCUUUCGCCUUAUAGGAGGUGCAGUUUUCUCUGUGGACGAGUAA